AUGCCGGGCACCCUCCAGCUGGUGCCCGUGGCCCAGCAUGAGCUCGUCUGUAACCGCACCUUCGACAAGUUCUCCUGCUGGCCCGACACGCUGCCCAACAGCACCGCCAGCGUCCCCUGCCCCUGGUUCCUGCCCUGGUACCAGAAAGCCUGUGCCCACCCCGGCGCUGACAUCCCCCCUCCACGCGGGCUGGCCAAGUCCACGCUGACGCUGAUCCCGCUGCUGGGCAUCCACGAGGUGGUCUUCGCCUUCAUCACAGAUGAGCAUGCCCAGGGCACCCUGCGCUACGUCAAGCUCUUCUUCGACCUUUUCCUGAGCUCAUUCCAGGGGAUGCUGGUGGCCAUUCUCUACUGCUUCGUCAACAAGGAGGUGCAGGCAGAGCUGCUGAAGCGAUGGCAGCGCUGGAAGCUGGGCAAGGACCUGGCAGAGGAGAACAAGCAAACCUACAGCCACGCGCCCAGCGCCCGGGGUGGGGACUGGGGGCACCGUGGCCCAGACUGCGCCCCUGAGCACCCACGGGUGAUGGCCGCAGCCAUGGAGGGGGAGCUGGCCCCCCGGUAG